AUGAACGCGGAUAAUCGACGGGGAGAGAUGGCGGAUGUGAAGAUGCAGCUGGGUCAACUCGCGGGAAGCAGGGCGCCGGGAGCGGCGGAGAUGCGGCGAGAGCUCUUCAAGAAGGUCAUCUCGCACAUGACCAUCGGGAUUGACGUCUCAUCCGUCUUCAGCGAGAUGGUGAUGUGCAGUGCAGCAUCGGACCUGGUGGUGAAGAAGAUGUGCUACCUCUACGUUGCCACCUACGCCGCCACCAAGCCCGAGCUCGCCCUCCUCACCAUCAACUUCCUGCAGCGCGACUGCCAGGACGACGACCCCAUGAUACGGAGCCUAGCCUUCCGCAACCUGUGCUCCCUGCGGGUGCGCGGGCUGGUGGAGUACCUGGUGGGGCCGCUGGAGCGAGGGCUGGGGGACGUGAGUGCGUAUGUGAGGGCAGUGGCGGUGAUGGGCGUGCUGAAGCUCUACCACCUGGCGCCUGUUGUGUGCCGGGAACACGGAUACAUCGGCAUGCUCAAAAGAAAGCUUACUGACGAUCCAGAUGCGCAGGUGGUGGCCAACUGUGUGAGCGCGUUACAGGAGAUACUGGCAGGGGAGUUGCUGGCAGAGGAUGGCGAUCCCGAGGUCGUGAGGGACCGUGACAUGCUGCACGGCCGCGCCCUCGUCUUCUCCCUCCUCAACCGUAUGAAGGAGAUGAGUGAGUGGGCGCAGUGCACGAUACUAGACCUGGCAUCGCGCUACACCCCUUCCCACCCAGAUGAAGCCUUUGACCUCAUGAACCUGCUAGAGGACCGCCUGCAGCACGCCAACAGUGCCGUGGUGCUCGGCACAGCCAAGCUCUUCCUGCAUCUCACGCUCUCCAUGCCCGACGUGCACCACCAGGUAUAUGAGCGCAUCAAAACCCCGCUGCUCACGCUAGUGGGCACGUGCAGCACGGAGCAGUCCUACGCGGUGCUCUGCCACCUCUCCCUGCUCGUCUCGCGCUGCCCAUCUGUGUUCGCGGGGGACUACAAGCACCUGUACUGCAAGGUCCGCGACCCGCCCUAUGUGAAGCGCCUCAAGCUGCACAUGUUGACUGCCAUUGCCAACGACAGCAACACCUACGACAUUGUGACGGAGUUGACAGAGUAUGCAGCGGACGUAGAUGUGUCAAUCGCACGAGAGGCGGUAAGGGCAGUGGGGCAGAUAGCGCUGCAGAGCUACGAUGUGAAUGGCAUUGUGGACCGUCUGCUGCAGUUCCUGGAGAUGGAUACCGACUAUGUCACUGCGGAGACACUGGUCCUGGUGCGCGAUCUCCUGCGCAAGUACCCCCAGUGGGCGCAGGACUGCAUCGCCGUGGUGGGCUCUGUGAGCUCUCGCUCCGUCACCGACCCGCGCGCCAAGGCGGCGCUGGUGUGGAUGCUGGGGGAGUACGGGCAGCACAUGUCUGAUGCCCCGUACACGCUCGAGGGGUUUGUCAACUCGUGGGAGGAGGAGACCAAUGCCGAGGUGCGUCUGGAGCUGCUGACAGCCGUGGCAAAGCUGUUCUUCAAGCGCCCCCCGGAGUGCCAGAAGAUGCUGGGCGCCGUGCUCGCCCAUGGGCUCGCUGAGUCCCAGCAGGACGUGCAUGACAGAGCGCUGCUGUACUACCGGUUGCUGCGGGCGGGAGUGGGCGUGGCGGAGCAGGUGAUCAACCCGGAGAAGCAGCCGGUGUCGGUGUUCGUCGACUCGCAGGGCAGUGAGACGCGCGACCGCAUCUUUGAUGAGUUCAACUCCCUCUCCGUCGUAUACCAAAAGCCCGCGCACCUGUUCCUAGACAAGGACCAGCGCAGCCUGCUUGAUGCAGAGUACACAUCCGUGGCCUCCGCUGCCGCCGCAGCUUCUGCUGCAGCCGCCGCUGCCACUGGCCAUGCCACUGCCGCUGCCGCUGCUCCUUCUUCCCGUGCCUCACAGGGUGAAUCCGCUGCCUCGCUCCUCGACGCCUCGGACAGGGAGCACGCCGACUCGCCUCUCAUCUCCACCGCUGCUGUCCCCAACGGUCAUGCUGCUGGUGCAGCUGGUGGUGCAGCUGCUGGUGCAGCAGCAGCAGCAGCUCCUCUGCUGCCGUUGGAUCUUCUAUCAGAUGGACCCGCACAUCCUGCUGGUGCUGCUGCUGCUCCUGCGGCUCCUCCUGCAGCAGCAUUGGACCCCUUUGCAGAGCUAACGAGCACGCAACCCGCCCACUCAGAUGCUCCCAGUGCAGCAGUAGGAGAACCAUCAGCAGCAGCCAACACAGCAGCUGCAGCAUCUGCUGCCGCAGCCCCAGUAGCCCCUGCAGGAGCCACCGGAGGAGGCAGCAGCGGGUUCGACUCCAUAGACAGCCUGCUGGGCCUCGCAGCGCCAUCGCCAGCGACAGGUGGCGGAGCGGGAUUGGAGGACAUGCUGUCGGGGGCGCAUGCGCCUGUGCGGCCAGCGUUGGUGCUGAGUGCCAAGGCAUCCCUGGAUGCACCGUCCUUCCAACGCACGUGGAGCCAGCUGCCUGUCGCUGCUGCCCUUGAGGAGAAGCUGCCUGGAACGUUCAUCACUGCACUGACGGCGCCAGCCCCUCUUUUAAGGCACAUGGCCCACAGGAACAUCCAGUGCAUGGCAUCAGGCGGCCAGCGGCCCGCCUUCCGAUUCUUUUUCUACGCGCAAAAGGCAGAUGCUGCGCCAGGUGGCAUGUUCCUAGUGGAGCUGCAGGUGAACACGAGUGCCGGCACGGCAAGUGGCAAGGUGAAGGGGGCGGCAGGAGCAGCGGACGAGUUUGCUGCCUUGUUCCGUGACGCAUUGCUGUCGUUUGGUCAGCUCGUUUAG